GCUGGGCUCCGGGUCCAUGGCGUGGGAGUGAGCGCUGAAGGAUGCUGAAGAAGAGCAGCCUGGUGUUGUGGGGGGCGGCGCUCUUCAUCGCCUGGAACGGCCUCCUCCUCCUCUUCCUCUGGAGCCGCCCGCCCUCCCCGGCCUCCCCCGGCGAAGGCGACCGACUGACGGCGGAGGUGAUCCGUUUGGCGCAAGAUGCCGAAACCGAAUUGGAACGGCAAAAAGAACUCCUGCGCCAAAUUCACCGCUACAGCGGGUUGUGGGGACGACGGCGCGGGGUUAGAAUCACCCCCAAACCCUCCCCGCCGCCCUCCCCGCCACCACCGCCGCCGCGACUCACCGAUCCCGCCGGCGCGGUGUUACCGGUCUUGGUGAUGGCUUGCGACCGCAGCACCGUCCGUCGGUGUUUGGAUAAACUCCUACGCUACCGACCUUCGGCCCAACGUUUCCCCGUCAUCGUCAGCCAGGAUUGCGGUCACGCCGAAACGGCUCGCGUCAUCGCCUCCUACGGCGACGCCGUGGCUCAUAUCCGACAACCCGAUCUCAGUGAUAUCCCGGUGCCGGCGGAGCACCGUAAAUUCCAAGGUUAUUAUAAAAUCGCUCGGCAUUAUCGUUGGGCGUUGGGACAGGUUUUCCGGACCUUCCGUUACCGCGCCGCCAUCGUGGUAGAGGACGAUUUAGAAGUCGCUCCGGAUUUUUUCGAGUAUUUCCAAGCGACGUUCCCGCUCCUCCUCGCCGAUCGCAGCCUCUGGUGCGUCUCCGCUUGGAACGACAACGGGAAAGAGCAAAUGGUGGACGUGGGACAAGCCGAAUUGCUUUACCGGACUGAUUUUUUUCCCGGUCUCGGUUGGUUGCUUUUAGCCGAACUUUGGGAUGAACUCGAACCCAAAUGGCCGCGAGCUUUUUGGGACGAUUGGAUGCGUCAACCCGAACAGCGCCGAGAUCGUUCCUGCGUCCGCCCCGAAGUCUCCCGUACGAUGACGUUCGGUCGUAAAGGAGUGAGCCACGGGCAAUUUUUCGAUCAGUAUUUAAAAUUUAUCAAACUUAACGACCAUUUCGUGCCUUUUACCCAACUGGAUCUUUCUUACCUCAAAAAGGAAGAGUACGAACGUUCUUUCCUCCCCAAGGUUUACGCUGCGCCGGAGGUGAGGGUGGAAGAGCUCCAGGGGAACCGGCGGCGGGAGCUGGGCGCCGUCCGGUUGCAGUACAGCAGCCGCGAUUCCUUCAAAGCCUUCGCCAAAGCCCUGGGGCUGAUGGACGACCUCAAAUCCGGCGUCCCCCGCGCCGGUUAUCGCGGCAUCGUCAGCUUCGUCUACCGGGGCCGUCGCGUUUAUCUCGCCCCACCUUCCGACUGGAGGGGUUACGAUCCCAGCUGGAGUUAGCGGCCGCUGUUGCUCCGCUUGGUGUGGGGUUUGUUUGGGGUUUUUGGGUGGGUUUCCCCCUUUUUCGUCAUUUUUUUGGGGGUUGUUUGGUUUUUUUUUUGGGUUGUUUUUUUUUUUCUGGCGUGUCUGUAGCGGGGAGGAUUUGGCCGAGCGCCGCUCGCCCGCCGCUUCUCCCGUGCCGCCGCGGGGGGAAAUUCGGGGCAGAGGCGGCUCCGUGAGGAGGAAUUAUUUUCCAGAAUAAAA